AUUAAAAUGACACUUCAUAAAAAUGAAGAAGAUAUCACAUUACGAGAAAUGCAUAAAUUAGAAUUUUCCUUUUCCUUUACUAGUAAUCAAGAUAUAUUUUCUUUACCUCGUAAUAAUUAUAUCUUAUUAAAUAAUGAUGUUAAAAAAGCAAGAAUUUAUUAUCAUGAUGUUAUUAUUUUUGAAACAGAUAAUUUAAUUAGUGAAUUUGCUUGA